AUGAACAGAAGUGACACAAGGAACAGUGGUCAAAGAGAAUGUACUACAUUUAAUGAAGUAAACAGAGACUUUCAGUCAGCUGCAUGGCUAGUAUUUACUCAGUCAGUCUGUUUAAAAAAUUUAGCUAGUUCGUCACUAAUUUGCUAUACAUUUUUAUAUUUCAUUUCAGAAAUGCUCACCAGAAUUAAAAGAGAACGAUUGGCAAAACUGAGAGGUGAGAAGCCCCCAGAUAUUGUUAAAGCUAUAACCAAAGUUCUGGAGGAGACACAGAAAUCUGCUGUUCAACUGCAGAGUCCAUGGGUUGUGGAAAAGUUUGUGCGUGCAUCACUGGCUGAAAAGAAACCUGGAGAUAUUGCGGCAGUACUCCACGGAGUCAAAAAGAAGCUUGAAAGAGCUUCACACCUGCCAGAGCAGGUACUGUUCACCCUGGAUGCUCUGUUAGAGGGUGUUGUAAAAGAAUUUGUCCUCAAAGGACUGGCAUCAAUGGUGACUGUGACGAUUGAGAAAGCACUUGAACUGGUCCGAAUUAAAUUACGAGAGCCUCAUUCGAUGGAAGACAAACAUCAUCAUCUGAAGCAACGUAGAAGAACUUCAGACACAGAACGAUCACACAGCAAACUUUCUGUUAGAUCCUUAUCAAGAAGUUCUCAGGAAAGAGAAAAGUCUGACUCAUUACUGCAAGUACUUCGUGGAGUAAGCUUUGGAAGUGCCACUGCAAUUGGGAGAUCAUCUUUGGUGGAUGUUAAAGGCCCAUUCCGCUCUUCAAGAGAUAGGCCUCCAACUCCAGUGCCAUCAGUUGAACAUCUUGCCCAAGAAGUUUUUAAGGAUCCACCAGAAGAGGAAGAGGAAGAUGAAAGUGAAAUUAAGGGAAAACCAGAUUAUCAUAAAUUAAAACUGGAGAGACAAUUUGCUGCUCUCUCAAGACGUUUAAUAAAAUCUGUUGUAAACAAGAUAGAAGCAUGUGAUCUAAGACGAAAAAUUAUGAAGCCUCCAUUGCCAGUGCAGUUCUUCUCAGAUGAUUGCUUUGAUACGUUGAUGUUAAGUAACUCACUGCAUGUUGUUCGAAGAAUUUACAGUAAAUUAUGA